AUGCCGAUCAAACUGCCCAAGGGCUUUGCCCGCCGAAAGUCGUCGGGGAACGUCUUGGAUGAAGUCGAAAACGGACAAGAGCCGUCGUUCCGUGUAUUUGAGCGUCCUGGUGGUGGCACCAGGUCGUUCGAAGGCGGCAUGAUGCUCAAGAACGCCGCUGCUGGCCGAUUCUAUAAUAAUCGUCCUGCCACUGCAGAGUCCGACAAUCUCUUCGCCGGAAUAGAAAAGCCUCUGCCAAAUAACAGGGGCAGUGGAGGUACCCACCAUUCCACCUCCACUGCAGGCGUAUACGACAGCUCGUCCUCUGCCCGAUAUAGCUCAUCCUCCACGCUGCCAUCCUCUACAGAUGGUGCUGCCCAUAAUGAUCACUCGAAAACCUUUCACGAUAUCCCCCCUGCGCCUAUGCCAGAGUCGCCCUCCCUGUUCUCGCUGCGUGCCGCCGGCCGUACCUUCUCUUUUGGCACCAAACCAUCCCGGUUCUCCACUCCUCCACAGACCCAACAGCAACAGACUCAGCCUCAAUAUCAGCCGCAGGUUCAGCAUCAAUAUCAGCAGUCCGAGUCAACGGCUCAAGCCAGGGACCGUGCCAUGACUGCAAGUUCUGCCAGUACGGCAACAGCGACACCUCCUCGACUCUUGGAGUCCGAUUUCCAGCUAUCCGAAACUGACGAUGAUAACUUUACUAGCAUGUUUGAGAAUUUUGGGAAACGGAAAAGUGCUAUUCAACUUCGGCCCUCAAAUUCGGACGAUAUACAAUCAAAAGCUUUGCCCAUUCCUCCACAGGAUGAACGACCCACCCCAAUAAACGUGGACCGCUCUCAGCCUGUCGAACCCUCUCCUUAUUCAGGGAACAGCGAAACGUCUCACGACGGAUUGAUCAGCGACCGCAAUGCCCCCAUCUCCCGCAAAUCUCUGGCUCCAUCCCAGUCGAACCACAACUCGAAUAUAGCGACAUCCCCUGUAUCUAUAAGCAGCGAGUCAUCGGGCCCCUCGACCGCCUUUGUAGACGAUGCCGAUGCAGCCAUCGUCCGUCAGUCUCUCCUUCUUUCUUCUAGCAAACCCAACCCACCAGCUGUGUCGAACCCCCGCCACGAAAGUGUAGACGAAGACACUCCACUAUUCACUAAUGACGAUAUCACAUCCAACGCGCGUUUGGCAUCUCAAUAUGAACAGGAGGUCAGCUCGAGACCAAAUGUCCAAAAUAAAGUCAUGACUCCUGCUCAAUUCGAGCGUUAUCGGCAGCAGAGAGAACUCACUCGCAAAUAUAGCAAUGCGUCGAAGAGCGAUAGUUCUGGUGAAAACGAUUACGACGAGGACGAGGACGAAGCCGAGAAAAGCCGAGAAGCAGCAAGGCAGCGCCGCAAGCAAGAGGCUCACUUAUCGGUCUACCGUCAGCAGAUGAUGAAAGUCAUAGGAGAACAGGCACCCGCAGCGAACAGUUUACAGCCACCAUCGCUAUCGCGCCUUACAAUCGACCAGAGCAGUGUCAGCACACCAAAUCUAUCGUCUCGUAUGUCAACAUUGGGAUUGCCCGUAGUAGGAAGGCAGGAUGGCUCCAAGAGCAGCGAUGGCGAGGAUGACGAUGACGUUCCUCUUGGAAUAUUAGCUGCUCACGGCUUUCCCAAUAAACUACGUCCUCCCACAAGACUAAGUGUCUCCACGUCGAAUCCCAACCUUCGGGGAUCGGUUGCUCCAGGCUCUGUUUCCGGCGAAUCUGGUCGCGUACGGGACAGUCUGCCUGUGUUUGCCCGAAAUCUGCCUUCUGAUCCAUAUUAUGGCGCAGGUUUGGUCAACGGCCCACCUCGAGAGGGCCUGGCAAUGGGCGGUGGUAACCCUGCGUAUGGGCCUGGUUCGUCUGGUUCUUUGCACCCUGGAGGUUUAAUCGGCGUAAUUGCAUCCGAGGAACGAGCUCGUGCGAUGCGAAGGGGAAGUCCGAACGCCCAAACCGCCGGGGUUCCACGGCCAUACUCCACGGCCAAUAUAGGCCAGAUGGGUGGCGGUGCUCCCCCGGGAAUGUCUCAGCAGCCAUCGCCUGGAGAACUGGCACAAAUACAGAUUAACCAGCAAAUGACGGAGAUGAUGCAAGUUCAGGUCCAGAUGAUGCAACAGAUGAUGCAAAUGCAAGGACAACAAGGCCAGAUUAACCCGGGUCUUAUGCCACCUCCCGGCCAGUUUCUCAACCCCGGUGGGCGACCAAUGUCCACGGCAUCGUCUUAUAAUAAUAUGGCUGGGCAGGAUCAGCGAACCCUCAGUUUAUUGGAUCCCGCCACUAUGUCUCGAUGGAAUCUUAACCGGCCCGCUUCUGUUCAUCCAGAUGCGACGGGUCGUCCGGGCACGCCCCAGGGUGUGCACGUUUAUGCACCAUCUAUAGCUCCGUCAGAACGAAGCAGUGCUGGAAUGGCUUCUCGCUACCGACCAGUGUCGACCAUUGGUCAAGACCCUCACAUGGCUCGCUCUUCGACCUUCACAUCGACGUUGAAACCCUGGAAUAACGAAAAUCAACGCUCCGGUUCGAUGACACCGCCGGCUUCAUCGCAAGCAUCCAACCGAAAGUCCACGUCGAUGGCAACCGUCACCGUUCGGGCAGUCGGUGCCCAGGGUCGGCACAGUCCGGCGGCUAGGGCAGGUGAGGACGAAGACGAAGACGAGGGAUGGGCAGACAUGAAGAAGAAGCGGGAGAAGAAAAAGAGCAGUUGGAAGAUGAAAAAGGAAACAUCGGCAUUGGGGGAUUUAUUGCACAUGGUUCACUAA